UAUACCAUAUAUAUCCGAAGAGUCCAAGAUCUGCAAGCCAUUAUUGCUCCAGCUGCUGCACAUUUGUCGAAAGGCCCGAAAUCACACCAGUUCAUUGCAGUCCGCGGGAUUUGCAUUUCGCGGCAUGUAUAGCAAGCUUCCAAAAUCCAAAUGCCAACUGGUGUGGUGGCGUUACUACUCCACGUCAAGCCCACCUCCUAAUUUUUGUCCCUCCCUCCCCCGCCGGCCUGAGAAAGAACCCAACGCGAUCGAAUUCUGUUGCCUCCUCCGCUCGCUGCCAGCCAAAUUCAAUUGCACGGCGGCGGCGUUCUCCCCUUCCUUCCGUUUCGAGUUUUGACAGCAGUAGCAAUUCGCGAUUCCUCAAUUUCUCCAGUCAAUCUCUCUCCAUCUCGCCCCCACCAGGCCCCUCCCCCAUGGACAUGGACGCCGCCGUCUCCACCCUCACCGCGCUCUCCAUCUUCGCGAGCACCGUCGAACACGCCGCCUUCAGGAGCGUGCACGGGUACAGGGUGAUCGGGAGGAAAGAUGGGAAAUGGGUCCGGUGGGAGAGGUGGGUGGAGCGGCAGUUCGUCCUCUCCCUCUCCGUCCCGCCGUGCCGCGAGGUCGCCGUCCCCGCCGCCUCGCCGCGGAUACUGAUGGCGGGGUGGCGCGGCCGGCCGGUGUUCCGCGAGGGUCAGACCGUGGGCACCUGGCGGUGCAUUGUGGCGUUCGAUUCCGUCGCCGCCGUCAAGCCGUCCUCCCCGCCGCCGCCCGUGCUCUCCCCCUUAGUGAAUCCACAGCUGGAGUGUCUACCUAAUCUGUACAAGGACCUGCAAAAGGUUUUUCAGUUUCAGAAGGUGGAAAAGGUCCCACGGCGCGUUCUCCGUGAUGCAAAAGAGCAACCAAUCCAUUCUGGUGAGCAGGAGAAAACUUCUGAUGAAGCUGAUUCAUCAGGGUCUGAUUCUGAUGGGGAUACUCAAUCUGAUAAAGAACUUGCACCAUCAGUUCAGAAGCAGCCGAGAGCCAACCGGAAGCAUAUAGAUAGCAUUACUUUGGUUGAAAUAGCGCAGUACUUCCAUCUUCCAAUCAGAGAAGCGUCAAAGACUCUCAAGAUUGGAGUAAGCAUACUGAAGAGAAAAUGCCGGAAAUAUGGGAUACCUCGCUGGCCUCACCGCAAAAUCAAAUCUCUGGACUCCCUCAUUCAAGACCUUGAGUAUGUGCUUGAGGACGAUCCAGAAGAGGAUGGGCAGCAGGAGUUGCUGCAGAUGGAGGAGGAGAAGCAGGCCGCUGCAAUAAAGGCCCUCACGAAGCGGAAGAAGAUGCUGGAGAGCGAGAAGGAGACCCUGCAGCAGAAGCCAGCCUUGGACCUGAUGACUGAAACUAAGCAGUUCCGGGAUGAUGUUUUCAAGAGGAGAUACAGGGCCAAAAGUGCUGCCAUCGACAUGGAGAUGGAGAUGGAGACGGAGUAGUAUCUCUCCUUAGCUGAUGAUAGCUGUUGUAAAAAUGUAGACUGGCUCAACCUGGUAGCGCAAAGAUAAUAACCGACCUAUGUGUGCCACCAGGUUAUCAGACUAUACUAGCUGGUAGCUGCUCUUCAUGACCUCUGUUGUGUUCUGAUGGUGGUGCUGUUGUUGCGUUCUGCUGUGGCGGAACUGAACUACCUGAAGAAUCGAACAACAUAGCAUGGUUGGAUGCCGGUGUCUGCAGAAGUCAUAUAAAUCAAGUGAUUAUUUUAGCAUAAUUUUAUACAAGCGAA